GCCUGGUGGAGCUGUGUUAGUUAUGAGAGGCAUCGGUGGACAGAAUGCUUCCUCCAAGGAGAAAUGUCAAACACCAGAGAAUAUGAUUAUAAGGUGUGUGUGUGUGGGGGGGGGAGUUUAAAGGCGUCGUGUGGAGUAAGUUUUCUUUUAAACGCAGAGAGUGGUAGAUACCUGGGAUGGGUUACUUGUAGUGGAAUCAAAUAGUUUGCUGCAGUUUUACAGGCUUUUAGAGACGCGCAUGGAUAUGAAGGGAAAGGAGGGAUAUAGAUGACACACAAGUAGAGAAUAUUUAGUAUAAAUUGGCAUCAUGAUCUGCACAACAUUGUGGGCCGAACGACCUGUCCUGCACCGUACUGUUCUGUGUCCAAUACCUCACACACCCAUCCUACACCCGUAAGAAUUUCACUCUGAACGCUAUCUGUUAACAACCAAACUGGUAACUAAAGGGUCAAUAUUAUCGGCAGAGCACGGAACAGGCAAUUCAAUAAAAUCAGAACUGGUAGAGAGGAGAAAACGCCUUCAUAGGUCACUAGCGAGCGUUGCCGCUUUAAGAGCAUUAACUUUCACUUUAGACAUUUUCCACACGCUGCUUCAGUUUCGGGGUUGCAAGGGUCGAGAAGCAGUGCCGGUUUCCCCUCUGCAAUGAAUGUGUGGCCAAGCUAAGAAUCGCCCAGCCGGUUCCGCUUCACCCCUCCCCGAAACAAUUCGCAGUGCAGCCAUUCUCCCGACCCAGUGAACGGCCGAGGAUGGCAGUUUCCACCCUCCGAGAGUGUGCAAAGGGGGUUUAUGAAUUCUCCGUUUGCUGAACACACUCCCAUUCUAACCGUCGCCUGGGAAUUAUUAUAUAUUUUGUUUGCCUUCGCUGCUUUGCAAAACUUUCUUGUCUGUCUGCCCAAUUCGAUUUGAUUUAAUUAAUGUCAAUUGCCCAAAAAUAAUUUGAAUGUAUUUCUGCCGUUGCGAAAAAAAAGCAGACCUCAAUCUGGUUUUUGACUCCGCCUCCCGCUAUUGGUUGAAACUGCAGUGAGAGAGCAAGCGCAGUUAGCAAGCUGAGGACGAAUUUACCAAAACGAGCUUCUCCAGCUCUAACUCUGAAAGACCCUGCUCCUCUCCUCCCAGCUCUUACUUUGAGAAAUACAUCUAUAGAUUCCUUUUAAAGGAGAUUUUUAGUUGUUUAGUUUUGUUUUCAGGAUUUUGCGCGCGUUUAUAAGGACUAAAGUUGGAUUUAUUUUAUUUUCGUAACAUUUAUUUAUUUUCCUUUGUUUUAAUUUUGAGAAUAAGUUGUAGGCUUUAAGGAUUCGAGCGACCUUAUCCCUGCAAUCGAAGAGAGAGAGAGAGAGAAACACCGGCAGCUGUUAGGGAGAAGCGGCGCCUCUGUGUGUGUGUGAAAGGGAGAGAGAGAGAGAGAGAGAGUCAGAACGGUUCACUUUGCCCUGGUCAAAACGACAAUUAUUCGCCGGUGAAGAAGCGAAGGACACGCACAGAGAAAAUUCGAAGGAUCGGUCAUCGUUUGGGGAUGUUACAUUAAGUGUUCUACCAAGGAAACGAAAUUAGGGAGAUCAGAAAACGCAACAUUGCGCACCGGAGGGUUUACCUUGCUGGGCUCUUUUGACGUUUGCAAUAUUUCGUGAUAUUGCAACAGGAACUUUUUUUUUUGCUUUUACAAUUCUGUGAAACCAACCGGCUGAGGUCGCGGACUCAACGAUGACUGUUACAGACGCUUAGGGCCCAGAGUCUCCAAGUCUAUAUCCAAAAUCUUAAAGAAGAACAUCAAGGAAUCUCGAUUUUUGUGGGAUAUAAUUUAACAGCAACCAUGAACUCGCUCCUUAGUUUACUCAACUGUCUUUUGGCUGCUCUCUUGUAUUUUCACAGCGCGAAGAUGGCCCACAUCCCCAACGAUGGACUUCGGAGGAAUGAAGUCAUAAAGUUCAUGGAGGUGUGGAGAAAGAGCUACUGCAGACCAAUAGAGACACUAAUAGACAUCCUGCAGGAGCACCCCGAUGAAGUGGAGUACAUCUUUAAGCCCUCUUGUGUGCCUCUAAUGCGGUGUGGUGGAUGCUGCAACGAUGAAAGCCUCGAAUGUGUCCCCGUCGAAGUGCACAACGUGACAAUGGAAAUAAUGAAAAUCAAGCCCCACCACGGGGAAAAUCUAAGCCUGAUGCACUUUGUCCAGCACAGUAAAUGUAUCUGCAGACCAAAGAAAGAAGGUGAAGAGACACAAAAAAGCAAGCGGAAACGAGGGAAAGGCAAGGGUCAGACUCGGAGGAAAAAGAAGUGCAGAGUGACAGAGUGCAGGCCUCACUGUGAGCCUUGCUCAGAGAAGAGAAAGCACUUGUUUGUACAGAAUCCAGAGACCUGUAAAUGUUCCUGUAAAUUCACACAUUUACGUUGCAAGUCAAGGGGUCUUGAGUUAAAUGAACGAAGUUGCAGGUGUGAAAAACCCAGGAGAUGAGCAAAGUCUGACGUGAAAAGCAACUUUCAUCAGAGACUGUAACCAUUAUCAUUUUUUUCUGAAAAAAACAUCCAGUUUUUUUUCGUUGAACAAGAAAACAUAAAUAUGAAGACUAGAAGCACAGCACUUUGAAUUUGAUUGAUAUUACUUCUGGAAGACAUUUGAAACAACAAGAGUCAAUCCGAGACCUACAGCAAGUUGUGCGUGACUAUUAUUAAUGAAAGGGUUAGUAUUAUUCAGGAUACAUGCUGCUAAAAUGUUGGAAAAAGUACUUGGAAGACCAUUGGGGAAGUAAUGAAUUCCUGGUUCAGUUUAUUGGGUCACUUUUUUAAAAAUUAAUGACAUUAUAUAUAUAUAUGAAAUAUAGAACUAUAUAUAUAAGACACAAGCCUUGCGAAAGACUUCCGUAAAAUUGGAGAGAUUAAAUAUAUAUUAUGUAUUAAAUUACGGACUCAUUGAAGCUUCGCAUCAAGGACCCAAGAUUUUCCAGAGAAUGGAUGGAGAUAUUUGUGUUCGAGGAUUUGGAAUGAGAUGGGGCAGAGGGAGGGUUUGGUGAUUGAGGUCAUAACACACUGCAAGAUUUUAUUUGCGAAAAGGAAACGACCGCUGGAGUAUGUCAUCCAGUGCAGACAGCAGCCUUGGCUGCCUGCUUGUGUCAAGGGAGCCCGGACAUUCAAAGGGUAAGGGCCUGUGUGACCUGCUGGUCCAGCAUCUCUGGGAGGAAGAUUUUUGCCAGCCAGGAGGUCAAAUCUUGUCGCUAAGGAACUGUCACUGAAGCAGUAAAUCAGGGCCACUGGAGACAGUCAGAAGUGUUUUUUGGUGGUGUGUUGUACACAGAAAUAGAAAGAAAGAGAGGAAACUGGAGUACUACCAGCCAACAGAGGCAAUCAGGCCUGUGGAGGGAGCAUGUGUGGCCAACCUCGCAGGCUUGAGACACAUCCUAUAAAGACAAGGCAAGUGUGGAAUAAUUUGCUGCUGGCGUGGCCUAGCCAGGUCAUUUUGACGUGGGUACCCCCAAGGUCACCUCUGGCCAAACUGCUGCUCUUGGAUGUGACUCCACACAUACACAAACACACACACACACACACACACACACAACCCCAUAAAAGCAGGAAAUGGCCAGGUUCCCCUCUCCUGUGGUCAGUUAUGCCGUCGCUCGGUGGUGAGGCUGGUAUGUAAAACAGUGAAUGGGGGAAGGGGUCUGGCUAUGCAACACCAUUCCUCUACCCCCAGUCACUGAACUAAUCCCGGCAGAGCCUUGCUUGGUUAACCAGCUUGUCACUUAAGCUGGGAUCCCAAGAGUAACAGGGCAAUGUUGGAUUAGCUCACUGGUAACAUCACAAUUCAAUGUCGCAGAGAGAGGGGGGAUAAAAACCCGUUCUACCAUUCUGCCCCUGAGCCAAAACCCUGCCAGAGCAAGGGAGUGAUCCUAUCUGGGAAAGCUCGUGCACCCAUGUAGUUGAGUCAAUGGUUUGGGAAAGGGUGGGCACACAGUUACUAUCUAUCAGCAGUGAAGAGCAGCUGGACCCUGAACCUGAACUCAGCUGAACCCGCAACAGGGAAUUUGUCACCAACUACUACCUUGUGUGUACUGGGAAAGCCCUGGGGGAGAGGAAACAAAUAGAGAAUCAGUGAAAGUGAUUCAUGUAAAUGUGAUGAAUUCUUCAAAGCAAGCAGCUGUUAACCUUGUGAAGCAACAUUAAUGUACCUGCGGAUGUUGUGAAGUUGCCGUAGCAAUUAUUGUUCCUUGUCCUUUCGGCUAUCUUUGAAAUCCCACUUGCAAUGUUAUCAUUACGAGACCACCUCGCCUUGCCCGCCUCAGACCUCAGACCACCCCUAUUUUUGACGUGUGUGUGUAUAUAAAUAUAUAUUAUUUUUCUUUUCUCCCUCUCUCUCUCUUUUCUUUUCUCCCACUUGCCUUUUCUCCUCGCUCUAUACACCUCCCCCUUCACAUUCUCUCUCACUUUUUCUCUUGCAUUCUUUCUCCUGUUUUCUCUACCUCAGUCUCUUUCGCUUUCUCUCAUUCCCAUUCUCUCUCUCUUUCUCUUUCUUUCUAACAUUCCCCUCCUCUUUCUCUCUCACUUUCUAUCGCUCACUCUCUGACUCUCAUGACGUCUCUUAGCUCCCACUUACAACUGAGGCGGUCAUGGCCAACACCCACUGCCUAAGCAGAGGUAGCAGAGCACGCUGCCCAUGAUUCAUCCCCCACUCCCUCACCAUCCCCUUCCUUGGCAAGUGCAUUCCUUGACACACAUCACAGACACACACUGUAGUCCUGUUCCUUUGAAGCAUCCAAAGUAAUUCCUUUGUUGACUGGAAAAGUUUGGACCUUGGCAACAGGCUCCACAUUUCCACAUCACUCAAAUCAUUGGGAAAUGCAGGACAGGGUGCAUCAACUAAAUCCCAUUCUCCCCCAUCCACCAAUCUUCCUUGUAACUUCCUUCUUGGUAUUUGGCCAUUCAUGCAGGCUCUGUUCCAUGGGGCUGGGCAAGUGCAUUCCAUCUCCCCGGUUGGCCUUGCCUGGAUAAAUUACUCCCCUUCCAAGGCACCUUCUGCUCAUCCUUCCAAAAGCCAUCUCAUUGGGCAAGCAAAUAAAGAAAAUGACCUGCUGUGUAUUUUGUGUAGAACUGAGAACAAUUAGGAUUGUUCUCGAAUAUUCUGUCUGUUAAAUAUUAAAAGAAAGAACAUGAAAGAAAAAUCCACACAAUUGAUUCUUUGCAUAAUGUUUAUAGUCACAUUUUUAGUAUAUUUUUUUUGUCACUGAAAUAUAUUUAUUGGUGCUACUGUUCUUAUCCAUAAUUAUUAAAAAAUACUGUUAAAAUAUUAACAACAUUAUUUU